UUUCUCCUCUCAGCGGCUCGGGAACUAGUUCGUGGUGCGGGGCUGCGGCUGAGCCUCUAGAUAGAAGGCGCAAGAGGUUGGCAGCUUCGAUUGAAGCACGUCGGGCGUCAAGAGCAGCUAGAAGUCAUGAGCGACAGCGGCGAGCAGAACUACGGCGAGCGGGAAUCCCGUUCUGCUUCCAGAAGUGGAAGUGCUCAUGGAUCUGGGAAAUCUGCAAGGCAUACCCCUGCAAGGUCUCGCUCCAAGGAAGAUUCCAGGCGUUCCAGAUCAAAGUCCAGGUCCAGAUCUGAAUCUAGGUCUAGAUCCAGAAGAAGUUCUCGAAGGCAUUAUACAAGGUCACGAUCUCGGUCCCGCUCCCAUAGAAGAUCCCGUAGCAGAUCUUACAGUAGAGAUUAUCGAAGACGGCAUAGCCACAGUCAUUCUCCCAUGUCUACUCGCAGGCGUCAUGUUGGGAAUCGGGCAAAUCCUGAUCCCAACUGUUGCUUGAGCUUAUACACUACAGAAAGAGAUCUAAGAGAAGUGUUCUCUAAAUAUGGCCCAAUUGCUGAUGUGUCUAUUGUAUAUGACCAGCAGUCUAGACGUUCAAGAGGAUUUGCCUUUGUAUAUUUUGAAAAUGUAGAUGAUGCCAAGGAAGCGAAAGAGCGUGCCAAUGGAAUGGAGCUUGAUGGACGUAGGAUCAGAGUUGAUUUCUCUAUAACAAAGAGACCACAUACCCCAACACCAGGAAUUUACAUGGGGAGACCUACCUAUGGCAGCUCACGCCGUCGAGAUUACUAUGACAGGGGAUAUGAUCGAGGCUACGAUGAUCGGGACUAUUACAGCAGGUCAUACAGAGGAGGAGGUGGAGGAGGAGGAGGAUGGAGAGCUGCUCAAGACAGGGAUCAGAUAUACAGAAGACGGUCACCUUCUCCCUACUAUAGUCGUGGAGGAUACAGAUCACGUUCCAGAUCUCGAUCAUACUCACCUCGUCGCUAUUAAAGCAUGAAGUUGAAGACUUUCUGAAACCUGCCCUAGAGUUGGGAUAUUGUUUGUGGACAAUAUUUUUUAUUGUCUCCUGUUUAAAAAGUGAACAGUGCCUAGUGAAGUUAGGUGACUUUUACACCUUUUAUGAUGACUACUUUUGGUGGAGUUGAAAUGCUGUUUUCAUUCUGCAUUUGUGUAGUUUGGUGCUUUGUUCAAAGUUAAGUGUUUUCAGAAAAGUAUGUUUUGCAUGUAUUUUUUUACAGUCUAAAUUUUUACUGCUGAGAAGUUUCUAUUGUACAAAACUUCAUUUAAAUGGUUUUUCUACUGAAUCCAGGGUAUUCUGAAGAUCGAAGCCUGUGUGUAAAAUGCUACCAAAUGGCAAAAAGCAACAAUAAAGUUUGGUUUUUACUUUU